AUGCAGCUAAUAUGGUCACGUGCGUUCGCUCGUAGAUCAAACGAUAAGCGCAAAGGUGGAGUCUGUUUCAAGCGUUCGCAGCGUUUUGUGAGAUUGUGUAAGAGAAAUGAGAUUGAACGUUCUGGUAAACUUCUACGUCACGAGAUGGAAGGAAAGGUCGCUGAAGCUGCGAGGAAUAGAGAAUGGAAGAAGGUUCGACGACUGGUGAAACAUGGAGGGAACGUGAAUGAUGUGGAUCGAAUCUUCAGCCGUACAGCUCUGCAUUAUGCUAUCAUGCAUGGAAAUUCAGAUAUUUGUUCGUUCUUGUUGUCAGGACGCGCGGACGUUAGUCAGACAGACAAGGAUGGAAAUACGCUGCUUCAUCUCGCUGCUUAUCAUGAUCUUGUCAAUAUGUGUCAACUGUUAGUUGAUCACAAAGCUGAUGUUACUUCUGUUAACAAUAAAGGUCAAACUCCUCUUCACAUAGCUGUUACUCUGCCUACCUGUUGGCUUAGGCCUGUAGCUGUGUGUCCUCCACUGAUAACAAAUGAGAGUGUGAAUGUAGCAGAUCGUCAUGGUAACCGAGCUUUACACAUAGCAGCUAGAAAUGGUAACAUUCAGACUAUCCAGCUGUUAGUGGAUUGUGGAGCAGAUGUAAAUGCAUUGAAUGAAGAUGGACAAACACCACUACAUACAGCACAUAGUGGAUGGUCUAACCGUCCUGAAUUAAUAUCUCUAAACAAGCAACAGAAACAACCUGUGGAAUUGGCAAAUGAAUCUGUAAUGAUGAAAUUUGAAGUAGAUAACAGCAAUCAUGCUUUACACAUAGCAUCAACAAAUGAUGACACUCAGACUGUCCAGUUGUUAGUGGAUUGUGGAGCAGAUCAACCACUACACUUGGCAUGGAAACGAGGUCAUACAAGAACAAGUUGUUUCUUACUCUCUAAUGGAGCAGAUGUAAAUGCAUUGAAUGAAGAUGGACAAACACCACUACAUACAGCAGCUGGUGGAAAGAAAGACUGUCCUAAAUUGUGUUCUAUUUUACUAAAACAUAAUGCCAAGAUUGAUGCAGUGGAUAAAGAUGGAAACCAACCACUACACUUGGCAUGUGAGGCUGCUUUAAUGUCAACAGUUCAACAUCUGUUGGAUUGCAAUGCUGAUGUUUUUGCUACAAAUAAUUCUCAACAAACUGCUCUUCAUAAGGCAACUUGUAGCAAGAGAGAUUGCCCUGAGGUUUGUGUGAUGCUCAUAGCAAAGGGAGCUCAAGUGAAUGCUACAGAUGGCAAUGGAGACACAUCUUUACAUGUUGCAUUUCGGAAAGGAAAUAUGAACACAGUUGAUGUGUUAGUUGAAAAUGAUGCUGAUUGCAAUGUAGUGAAUGUGUGUGGUGAGACAUUACUGCACUUGGCUUGUAAGAGUUGUGUUGAAUGUGUUGAGUUGUGUGAUAAGUUGAUAUCACAUGGAGUGAACCCUCAUAUAGCUGACAGAGAAGGAAACUUACCUUUACAUGUUGCUUUGAAGAACAGACUUGCUAAGACAUUUGGCUGUUUGCUUCAAAAGUCAGGUGAAGCCAUAUUAGAUGACUUACAGAAGGUGACUAUUGAUAAAGAAGAUCUUGUGGCCAUUUUCAGUAGUACUCAUGAAGCUAACGACAUUGACACUUGUCGUCGUAUUAUUAAAUUUAGUGCUAAGUUAGACCCUUCAAAUAGAUUAUCUCUGAGAGCACUAAACUGUCAUACAACAAUAGGAUACUCACUCAUUCAGAUAGCAGUGAAAGAGCAGAAUAUUACAUUUUGUCAGCAUUUGAUUGAUCAUGGAGCAUCUGUAAAUGCAGAUGUGCCUCACAGCUAUCGAGAUCAUACUUUUAAGGACCCUCCUUUACAUCUAGCAGUGAAGCUGGGAGAUACAGAUUUAUGUCGUUUGCUGAUAGAACACGGUGCUACUAUUGACCCUGAGAUGAGAGGCAGAAUAGGUGCAUUGCAUUUAGCUGUUGUUAAUGAGCAGAAUGAUGUAGCAAGACUUCUUCUGUCUCAUGGUGCUGAUUUGAGUAAAGUUGAAAUUGGUGGAGAAUCUGCUUUGAAGAGAUUAGAAACACGAGGAAAUGUCAAAAUGGCAUCAAUCAUUCAGGCUACUGAAACAUUUCCUGAAGAGAUUGUGUCUCAAGGAGAGACAGCAUUGCAUAUCUAUCUGUCAAGUUGUAAUGAGGGAUCAGCAGUGGAUGUGUUUUUACGUGUUGAUGUUGUCGGUCGUGAUGGUGCCGGUAAGACUAGCUUAACAAAAUCUCUCACUCUGCAGAAGUUCAAUCGUGAUGAGCCGAGCACAAGAGGAGUGGUGUUUGAUCCAAAGUGUCAGAUUAUUGUGAAGGAAGCAUGUGACUGGACCAACCCUCUCACAAGUGCUGACUACACAGAAAUAUAUGAGAAGAAUGUUGUGAUCAAUAUGGCAGAUACACUCGACACACCACAAGUGAAAGAUCAAUAUUUCAAGUCAAAAGAAAGUGAACAGCCAAUGAAACAGAAAGACUCCCACAUUACAAGAAAAUCAUCAAAGCAGGAGUUACAUGAGCAAGCUGCUCCUGUUGGCAUGGAACUUUCACUGCCUCAUGUACCACUUAAUGGUUUUUCUCAGGAGUUGCCCAUUACUUCUCAAAAACCAACAACUUUAGCAGUUCCACCACCAUCUGUUGCAUCAGAUUUGUUGGUGUCAUCACAAACGUCGUCAAAUUUGUUGCCAAUUGAUGACUCUAGAUAUUUGUCUGACAUCCCAGUCACAAACACAAAAGCAUCAGGUGAAAUGUAG